AUGUCCGCGGCUCAGUCACAAACGAGAGAUUACACGGAUGCCACAAAUGCUGAAAUAAAGCGUCUGCAAAAAGAGACAAAACAACUUCUAAACAAUUCUAUUCAGUUAUUGGAAGAAUCCAUAAAAACUCUUGGGGAACAGUUAACAUAUAGUAGUGAUAACACAACAGCACAAAGCGCAAAUGCCGUUGACUACAUCCAAGACAUUAGAGACGCAAUAGAGAAACUCGACCAGCUUCAAAUUAAAGUCCCAAUUAUUGCAUCAUCAAAAGCCGGCAAAUCUACAAUUAUUAAUGCUCUAAUUGGUGGAGAUUUCUUACCAACACGUGCGAAUCCUAUGACAGCUUUUCCGACUAAAGUAAUUAUAAAAUUAGAACAAAGUCCUUCCAACGAUGUUCCAUUGGCAGAACUAUUACUCGAUAAGGAAACUGUAAAAGGUCUUCAAACUUUACAAUCAAGCGUCGCAAAAGAGCUGUACAGUAGAUUCAACGACAACGAGAAGUUGGAAUCAUUUCUAGUGAAAAACGCUCACCUGGUGGAAACAGCAAAGCACCUGAGGGAUUCAACAGAAUGCGCAGCCAGGUUUCAGACUUCAUUACAAAAUGACAUGGAAGCACGGGACGAAACAGAGCCCGAUGGCUGCAGACGAUUCACUGAUAGAAAAAAUAUCGAAUUUAUGCUUACAUUCCUGAACGACUUGGUGCGUAUAUCUAUGUAUCUUGCACCUAAAGAAUCGCACUCAUCGAUAUUUUCCGAUGUUUUCAAGACUCAUACUCCGAUGAUAACAGUCAAUAACUGUCCUGUUCAGAAUACUAAGAACAGAUUGAAACAACCUUGUCAACUCGUAUUGAUUGAUACACCAGGACCCGACGAAGCUAGUAUUAGUACUGCACUCAGCCAUUUUGUUGAUCGUCAAUUGAAAGAAGCUGACCUUGUGUUUACUGUUGGAGAAUAUACCCAUCUGGGUACUGAGAGUGGCUAUAAACUAAUGGGUGAUAUCAACACAAUUCGUAAAUUAAAACGUGAUCGAAAUUGUGUUUAUGUAUUGGUUAGUAAAAUCGAUCAGUACAAGCGACGUGACAUCCCCAAAGCACAGCUAAAAGAACAUGUAGCCGAUUUCUAUGAUGUAUCUCAAGAGUAUGUCUUUCUAAUGAGUGGAAGCUAUGCGUUAAUCGCUCAAAAGUUUUUCGCCGAUUACCAACAGAGUCCGCAGAAUAAAAAUCAACUUGAUAUUCAAAACUCCGAAACAGCAAAAGAUGUACUUGAAGCUUACUGCCCUUCUGAUUGGGAAGAGAUGUUAACGGAGACAAAGUCAGAGGAAGUUGACAAGAUAGCGAAUCGUCUGUUCGAAAAGUCUAAUAUUGGUGAUUUCUUGAAGACCGCUAUUGACUCCGUACUUGAUCAAGUAGUACAAAGAUGCGUAGAAUCAGCCAUUAAUACGUGCAAAAAUGUGGUCGACAAAUUAAUCGAAGCAGUUAAUUUCCGUCUCCAUGGGCUUGAAGUAGAGGAAAAAGUAUUAUUGGAAGAAAUCCAAGCUCUCGACAAAGAUUUGAAGGAUCUGGCCGAUAUUCGUGGCGGUGAUGAAAGAAUUAUAGCCGAAUUUAAGGAAAUUUUGGAAACUAAACUCAAGGAAGCAUUUGAUGAAGCCUUGAGGAAGUCAACAGAAUUGAUAAAAAGCUUUUUCUCGAAGAGCAAUUUGGAGCGCAUGUGGAGCGAAGCUGGGUCUCAAAGGGACACUGUGGAGAACCGUAGUGUUUCUCGGAAUGUAAGCAUAAAUCCGAUAUUUUUUCUACAGUUGAUAAAUUUCUGACGUUCAUAUUAGAGUUGUCAAUAAAAAUAUGCUUAAAUAAUAUUUGAAUGGUUUUUCUAUUAACCGUGAUAGUUUGUCCAGCUCGAAUAAUUGUACCUUGUGGAAAUCGAAAACGACAAACCGGUACACAAGCAAUAUUUUGUUGUAAAAAAUGUCCACUCA